AUGGUGGUGAAGGCCUUCAUCCUGCUGGCGCUCUUUGCAGAAACCUCAGCGAAGUCAUGCAUUCCAAAUAAAGCAGAUGUCAUCCUUGUGUUUUGCUACCCCAAAACCAUCAUCACUAAAAUCCCUGAGUGUCCCUAUGGAUGGGAAGUGCACCAGCUGGCGCUCGGGGGGAUGUGUUACAACGGGGUCCAUGAAGGAGGCUACUACCAGUUUGUCAUCCCAGACCUGUCCCCUAAGAACAGGUCCUACUGCGGAACCCAGUCAGAGUACAAGCCUCCCAUCUACCACUUCUACAGCCACAUCGUGUCCAACGACAGCACAGUGGUCGUGAAGAACCAGCCCGUCAACUACUCCUUCUCCUGCACCUACCACUCCACCUACCUGGUGAAUCAGGCUGCUUUCGACCAGAGAGUGGCCACUGUUCAUGUCAAGAAUGGCAGCAUGGGCACCUUUGAAAGCCAGUUGUCCCUCAACUUCUACACUAAUGCCAAGUUUUCCACCAAGAGAGAAGCCCCUUUCAUUCUGGAGACGUCGGAGAUCGGCUCAGACCUCUUCGCAGGAGUCGAAGGCAAAGGGCUAAGCACCCGGUUUAAAGUGGUCCUGAACAGCUGUUGGGCCACCCCCUCCGCUGACUUUAUGUACCCCUUGCAGUGGCAGCUGAUCAACAAGGGCUGCCCCACGGAUGAGACAGUCUUCGUGCAUGAGAACGGCAAGGAUCACAGAGCAACCUUCCAAUUCAAUGCCUUCCGGUUCCAGAGCAUCCCCAAACUCUCCAAGGUUUGGUUGCACUGUGAGACUUUCAUCUGUGACAGUGAGAAGCUUUCCUGCCCGGUGAACUGCGACAAACGGAAGCGUAUGCUACGUGACCAGACGGGGGGUGUCCUGGUUGUGGAGCUGUCCUUGCGGAGCAGGGGACUUUCCCGUCUCUGUGACUUCUCAGAUGUCCUUUACCACCUCAUCCUGAUGCUAGGGAUCUGCGCUGUGUUGUAGGGGACAGCUGGGCGGCGGCAGCAACUCUCUCCAGGGCCAUCCUGAACUACGGCAUACUCGUUUAUUGUACUGCCAAAAAGAACACACAGAAGACUCCAUUGCUGGGGAGCUGAGAACAGCUCUUUGCCAAGCAUGUGUUCCCUGUGAUUGUGUGUGUGUGUGUGUGUGUGUGUGUAUGAAUUUGGUGAUCCACUUGCUCACUGGAGACACACUUCCUCUUAUUCCUUCCCAUGGUCAUUUGAUCCUGCCAAUCCCCCUCCAUGAAGGAAGUAAUCUUCUCUAUUCAAAUCAGGACAGCAUUUGAAAGCUACUUUCAUUAUAAAACACAAACACACACACACUCCAACACAUGCACUUAGGAUUUGGAGGCAAAGACUGGCUAUAACCUCAAAAGACAAUGCCAAAUAUAGAAUCCCAUGAGGAUAGCCAAUUUUACCCAGCAGGCACUCCGUCGCUGAGACAACAGAGCUCUAAGGACCAGAAUUGAGCCCUUAUCCAGAAAGUUCAAAUCUUCAAGUGACAAUGUGGAAAUCCAAGUUAAAUACAUUUGCUCAAACUUUUGUAACAGACAAGAGGCAGGUUCUUAAGAGCCUCUAGUACUACCUUGUUUUUAUUAUAGGUUUUCUUAAAUAGAUAUGAACAUUAGAUAGGUAUUAUAACAACCUCAUCCUUAUAACUGAUUAUGUUUCUGGAGUCAGAAGUAAGUAGGAAAUAGACUGUGGUAGGAGCAAAAUUCAUCUUCAUUUCACAUAACAAUGUGGCAUUGCCUACAUGAAAUGCAUCUGCAUGAUAGUAGAAAGACUUGUUCUCUGAGAUUUGAGAGCCCAUCCCCCCAUACAGCUUGCAGCGCUCAGUGGUUUGCUCUAGGAGGUCUUCCUGUCUAGGAUGGUCUAACGCACUUCACCCCCACUGAAAUGUUCAAGCCUGUGUCUGCUUUCAACUCGUUCACUUACCAAUUGUGGGAACCAAACCAAUAAAACAUCAGAAAUACAGUGCAAAUACGGCAAUGGCAUUGCAUGACCCCACAGUCUCGUAACUGGCCAGCCUGUGACCUAGAAUGUGGCAAUGUCAGUGACUCACACUUGUCAACAAGAAACUGAAUGAACCAACCGUGAUAGAGCACCAGCUGUGGUGUGACAGGAGAUGCCCAAGUUCUACAUAUUUUUCUAUUUUUCUUUGUCACACAGACUUAACAUUUGAAAUCACGUGUGAGUUUGUCCCUCUGUAUUUAACGCCCUUUGGAAGUUUUGAGGUCUGCAGUCUGAUGAUCUUUUAACAACUUGCAUAAAUGAACUUAGGAAUUAAACCAGUUACCGAGUUGGGUUUGUUUGGUCAUAGGCUGGGUAUGAUGGUUCCAUGCAGUUUAAACUUGGUAUCGAGCUGGUGCUCCAAUCAGUUUGGAAUCUCAGAGUUCAUUGUAAUUGGGAAAUACAGAAAACAGGCUUACAUUGGUCAGAAACUCUUAUAUAACAUAAAUAUAUAUAGCCAAGUUUAUGUCUUUAGCUGUCAGACUAAAACAGUAUUUUUCUCACCUUGUAUCUCCACCUAGUGCUAUGGACUAAAUAAAAUGCCUGGAAUAAAUAACAUACAAUUGCAGUUUA